AUGCUUUUACACUCUCGCCGCGCCAACCUCGGGCAGCUUGUGGCGGCUCAGGCUGCCCGCCGGCCUCGCAAGACGGCAGCAGAGCACGGCCCUGUCCAGCUCAGUUAUGCUGAGCUCCACGCCCAGGCAACGAUGCUAGCCCAGAAACUGUGCGCCUUGCCGUUCCACGCCGAGGAGCCAGUCGUGAUCCUGGCUCCUCCUGGACUCGAGCACAUCAUCUCUCAGAUGGGAGUCGUCUAUGCCGGGGGAACGUGCCUGCCCCUGGACCCGUCCAUGAGUGAUGCUGAUAUUGAGGCCCGAGCCAACCUGGCCGGUGCCUGCAUUCUCAUCACAAGCCCGCAUGUCAAAGGCCGAGAGAUUUCAGUGCGGCACAAAAUCACUAUGCGCCCCGCCAAGAUCUGUCCGGCCGAGCUCGCCCAAGACAGUUUCAGCUUUCCCGUGCCUGUAGCCCCGGAUUACCGUUCCCAUAUUCUCUUCACGUCUGGCACGACAGGAAAGCCAAAGGGCGUUGAGAUUCUCGGACGGAGCAUCAUUCGUCUUCACAAGGGGGUCUUCGAUCCCGAAGACCGUGUGGCCCAUUGCAAUAGCGUCUCCUUCGAUGCGUCGUUGCUUGAUAUCUGGACGACUCUGAUGAUUGGGGCGACCGUAGUCGUGGUUGAGCGCGACACCCUCCUCAACCAACAGCUCUUUACACAACUCCUCGACCAGGAGAUCAUCACGGCCAUGUUCCUGACGAGUGUCGUGUUCAACGCGAUAGCCCUAUCAUAUCCCAGCGCUUUCAGCAAGUGCAACUCGGUCCUCACAGGCGGAGAGGCCCCCAACCAUGCUGCCAUCAGGAAGGUUUUGGAGAGGGGGCCUCCCAAGAGCUUCCUCCACGUAUACGGACUAACCGAGUGCGGCGUCUUGUCAACUUCUUACCAAGUCUCACUUUACGACGUAUGUCAAGGGUAUAUCCCUCUCGGGGAACCGCUGAAGAGCACGGAAUUAUUCUUGGUCAAUAACUCCCACCGGCUUGUCCGGGGACAAGGCACCGGCGAGCUGUUUAUAGGAGGUCAGGGUCUCGCCAGAGGAUACCUCGGCAAUGCCGCAAAGACGAGCUCGGCAUUUCUGCACAUCCCGGGGGUUGGUGGUGAUGGCGAGGUAAAGCUCCUUUACCGGACCGGCGACAUUGUUCAACGGGACGGUCAGGGACGUCUGUUCUGGCGGGGUCGUCGCAACAACGAGGUCAAGCAUCGAGGGCAUCGCGUCAGUCUCGACGCGAUUGAGUCUGCACUUCACUAG